AUGGUUGCUAUUCCAGGAGGAGUGUUCACAAUGGGCACUGAUGAGCCUGAAAUCCAGCAAGAUGGAGAAUGGCCUGCUAGAAGAGUCCACGUUAACAGUUUCUACAUGGAUCAGUAUGAGGUCAGCAAUGAGGAGUUUGAGAGAUUUGUGAAUUCUACUGGGUACGUUACUGAGGCAGAGAAAUUUGGCGAUUCCUUUGUGUUUGAGGGAAUGCUGAGUGAAGAAGUGAAGGCUGACAUCCACCAGGCAGUUGCCGCUGCUCCCUGGUGGUUGCCUGUGAAGGGAGCCAACUGGAAGCACCCUGAGGGCCCUGACUCUAGUAUCUCCAACAGAAUGGAUCAUCCAGUUCUUCAUGUUUCCUGGAAUGAUGCUGUGGCAUUCUGCACAUGGGCAGGGAAACGAUUACCAACUGAGGCUGAAUGGGAAUACAGCUGUCGAGGGGGCCUUGAGAAUAGACUUUUCCCAUGGGGCAACAAGCUUCAGCCAAAAGGUCAACAUUAUGCCAAUAUCUGGCAGGGAGUGUUCCCAACUAAUAACACUGCAGAAGAUGGAUACAAAGGAACUGCGCCUGUCACUGCAUUUCCUCCAAAUGGAUAUGGCUUGUACAACAUUGUAGGAAAUGCCUGGGAAUGGACGUCUGACUGGUGGGCUGUUCAUCAUUCAACAGAUGAAGUUCAUAACCCUAAAGGGCCCUCAGCAGGGACUGACAGAGUGAAGAAGGGUGGAUCCUAUAUGUGCCAUAAGUCGUACUGCUAUAGAUACCGCUGUGCAGCCCGCAGUCAAAACACUCCUGACAGCUCUGCUUCAAAUCUGGGUUUCCGCUGUGCAGCAGACACUGUGCCGGAGCUACAGUGA